AUGAGUUGCCCUAUGCCAGAAAUUGGUUCCUGCAUCUCGCUGAUAUCGAAAGCCGAUAUCCGCUAUGAGGGACUGCUGUUCACCGUUGAUCCGGAGCGAUGCACGAUCGCCCUUGCACGAGUCAAGUCGUACGGUACUGAGGAUCGAGAAACACAGUUCCCGAUUGCGCCGCAGAACCAAUGCUACGACUAUAUCCUCUUCCGCGGGUCGGAUAUUAAGGAUAUUCGGGUGAUCAACAACAACCCGGUCCCGAACGAUCCGGCCAUUAUGCAGAUGCAUCUACCGCCCCAGCAAGGACCGCAGAUGCCGAUGCCGAAUAAGUUGGGCCAACCGAGCUACCAGUCGCAGCCGGGCUUUAUGAUUCCGCAGAUGGGUGGCCCACCGACCGGUGGACCACCCGGCGGUCCGAUGGGUGGAGGCCCUCCCGUAACCGGUGGUCCGAUGGGUGGACCACCACCACCAGGUCAUGCACCGCAGAUGGGUGGUGCCGGUGGUGGUGGUGGCCAACCCUACAACGCGUUCGGCGGUAUGAAUAAUCUCGGAGGCAGCGGAUCGCGUUCGGGAACACCGAGCAACAUGUUGUCGCGCAAGAGUCCUACGGUGGACAUUGCUGUGCAGACGAACCAGCAGCAACAGCAGCAACAUCAACAUGGACAGCCACAAUCCCAGCAGCAGCAGCAGAUGAUGCAGCAGAACAACCGCGACGGUGGCAACAAUAUUCAGCGCAACAAACCCAACCAACACCGGGGAAAUCAGCAGAACAACAACAUGCGAGAGAGACGCGAUUCUGGCAAGCAGCAGCAGCAACAACAGCACGGCAACGACAAUCAGAUGAAAGAAAAUUACAAGCCAAGACAACAACCACAGCACCAGCAACAACAACAGCAACAGGGGGGCCAAAAUAGAAGCGGAUGGAACAAUCGGAACCAUCAACAUCAAAACAACGGAGGUGGUAAUAACAUUGUGCGCCGUCCACGUGGAAACAUUGGUCAACCGCAGCAACAACAGGGUGGUACCGGUGGUACCGGUGGACAGCGUGCAAAGAAUUUGCUGAAGUUCGAAAAUGACUACGACUUCGAACAGGCCAACAGCAAAUUCGAAGAGCUUCGAUCGCAACUUUCUAAACUUAAGGUGGGCGAAGAGUUGAAACCAGAGCAGAUCACUACCGAAACACUGGACAAGAAAGACGAUUCAGGCAAUGAAACAGGCGCUGGUGAGCAUGAGCAAGAGGAGGAAGACGUUAUCUGCUACGACAAAGCAAAGUCUUUCUUCGAUAACAUUUCGUGUGAGGCAGUGGAACGCGCGAAGGGAAAGCAACAGCGUACGGAUUGGCGCCAGGAGCGCAAAUUGAACACGGAAACAUUCGGCGUAGGAUCAACUAGGCGUGGCGGAUACAACCGACGAGGUGGAUACUUCCACCGUGGCAUCAACUACCAUCGCGGAGGGAACAACUAUCGUGGUGGUAACAACUAUAGAGGUCGCAAUGGAAAUCGUAACAAUCAGUUGAACGGUGGCAAUGGUAUGUCGCAUAACCGAUCAAGCGGACAGCAGCAAAAUGCAUCAGGCAGCAACUCAACUGGUAGUGGGCAACAACAGUCAAAUCAACUAACCUCGACUGCACCUAUUAGCCAGGAUCAGCAGCAACCAGCGGUCAUAGAAGUGGCGGCAGGAAAAUAA